AUGGCGGCCUCCUGCAGCCCCCUCCGCAGGGGUCUCCAAGUGUUCGCUGUCUCCCAGUGGGUCUUCUCCUUCUUAGGGCUUGGGAGGCAGCCCAGGGACCCCGGGCCCUUGAAGCAUGCGCCCCCUCCUCCAGCCCAGGUAUGCCUGGUGGCUUUGAUCUUUGUGCUCCUGAGCCGGGCCUGGACCCUUGGGGUCCUCUACCUGGUCUGGCUGUACUGGGACAGAGACAAAGCCAGGGCUGGAGGCCGCCGCUCUGCCUGGGUCCGGGACUGGGCCAUCUGGAGGCACUUCCGGGACUACUUCCCCAUCUCGCUGGUGAGGACGGCCCCGUUGGACCCCUCCCAAAACUACCUCUUUGGCUUCCACCCCCACGGAGUCCUGGCGGUCGGGGCCUUCAGCAACUUCUGCACGGAGGCCACGGGCUUCUCCCGCCUCUUCCCUGGCCUCCGGCCGCACCUGCUCAUGCUGCCCUGCUGGUUCCACCUGCCGCUGUUCCGGGACUACAUCAUGUCCAGUGGUCUGGUCUCCUCUACCAAGGCCAGUGCUGCCUAUCUGCUGUCCAGGCCAGAGGGCGGCCAGGUGGCUGUCCUGGUCGUGGGCGGCGCUCUGGAGGCGCUGGAAGCAAAGCCCGGAGGCCUGAGCCUGCGGAUCCGCAAGCAGAAGGGAUUCAUUAAGCUGGCGCUGGAGCAGGGGGCCUCCCUAGUCCCUGUCUUUUCGUUCGGGGAGAACGAGCUCUUCCGGCAGUGCCCGAACCCGCGGGGCUCCCGGCUGCGCCGCGCGCAGGAAGCGCUGCAGCCGCUGCUGAGCGUGGCCCUGCCGCUGUUCUACGGCCGCCUGGGGCUCCUGCUGCCCUUCCGCGCGCCCGUCCACACCGUCGUGGGGGCGGCGAUCCCAGUGCAGCGAUGCCCGCGGCCAAGCCGAGCUCAGGUGGACGCGCUGCAUGCGCUCUACGUGGAGCGGCUCACGCAGCUGUUUGAGGAGCACAAGGCGCGCUAUGGUGUCCCCGCGGACAGGCACCUCGUCCUCACCUAGCGGGACCUCCCGCCAUCAGGCCCCUCCCCUCCCCUGGGCGAGUGCGGGUGGGGGAGUGGAAUUAAAGGUGGGAGAGACCCGUGUC